AUGGUAAAAUAUACAAUGAUGAAACGUAUUACUAAAAUUUUUGGAUCUAUUCUAUUUAUUGUUACUAUUUUAACUGUUUAUUUAACAUUUGAUUUUGCAAUAAAUACUGCUUUAUCAAAUAAAUAUUCAACUGAUAAAUAUGAACAUAUACAUAAUAAUAAUAAUAUAAAAUAUAAAAAAACAUCUACUUUAUCAUUAUUAAAAAUAAACCAAACUAAUCCAAUAUUAAAAAAUAAUAAUGAUAAACAAUCUAAUCAUAUUACAAAUCAAGAACGUCAUAUACGUAGUGUAAAAGAUAAACAACAACAACAACAUAUUAUUAAAUCUGCAAAAUUUCAUAAAAGUAAAACUGGUAUUAAAAUUAAUCAAAUAAAAAAAUCCCAUAAACAACAACGAAAAAAUUUAUUAACAACAAAAUUUAUUCAACAUAAAGAUUUUAAAUCUAAAAAUGAUAAAACUCAUUUAUAA